AUGGGCAAAUUGCAUAUUUACCGAUGGCUCAACGCCCAGCGAGCCCGCAAGGAAGCCACUGACCUCGAGCUCAAGAGCCUGCCCACCUUGGUGACCAAGAAGAAGUGGACGCUCAAGAUCAAGCCCGGUGCGUGGCCCUGCUGCUUGUCCCGCACACACACAGCGACUGACACGACCCUACAGNGUGUCUCGACCUUUGGGGAGAAGCCAGAACUCGUCGGCCCUGACCACCUCAAGCAGCUCGUCGACCACGCCCUCAGCCACAUUCCCGACGACCAAGUCCAAGACACGCCCAUCUUCCUCCUCGCCACGGCUGGCAUGCGCCUACUCCCCGACGUCCAGCGAACCCAGGUCCUCGACAACAUCUGCUCCUACCUGCAACGAAACACAAAAUUCCAACUGCCCGAUUGCGCCCUACACAUCCAGGUCAUCCCUGGCGAAACAGAAGGACUAUACGGAUGGAUUGCUGCAAACUACUUGCUCGGCGCAUUCGACGCCGACGCUACCCAGGCACACCACCAUGGCAAAGACCACCACACGUACGGGUUCUUGGACAUGGGCGGCGCCUCUGCCCAGAUUGCCUUUGCUCCCAACGCCACCGAGGCUGAGAAACACGCCGAAGACUUGAAGUUGCUGCGCAUGCGCAAGGUCAACGGCGACCCCAUCGAGUACAAAGUCUUUGUCACCACUUGGCUGGGCUAUGGUGUCAACGAGGCUCGCAGACGCUACAUCGACUCGCUAACCACAGCAAGUCCUGGAAUCGCCGAGCUUCCUGACCCCUGUCUUCCUACUGGUCUGGAAGUCACCAAGUCAGGCCAUGCCAUCUCUCCUGGUUCUCACGAGGCUGCUGGAAAAGAGACAUACCUGCUGGGAACGGGCAAGUUUCCCGAGUGUCUGUCAAGAACAUACCCCUUGCUGGACAAGGAUGCGCCAUGUCUGGACCCCCCCUGUCUGCUUCACGGCGUACACGUCCCUGCAAUCGACUUUGACGUAAACCAUUUCGUCGGCGUUUCGGAAUACUGGCACACGACUCACGAGAUUUUUGAGAUGGCUCACAAAGACAAGGCUUACGACUUCAACACCUACCAACAACGCGUUCUGGAACUCUGCAGUCAGGACUGGAAGUCGAUACAAAAAGGCGUCAAAGAGCAGAAAUGGGGUGAAAAGGUUACGGAGGAGAAGGUUGCCGAGGUCUGCUUCAAGGCCAGUUGGUUGAUAAACAUGCUGCACGAUGGCAUUGGCAUCCCGAGAGUCGGUCUUGAAGCUACAAAAGGCGGUCACAAUGGCACAAAGGCUGUGAUUGAUGGUGCGAAAGAGAAGGGCUUCCUGGAUCCUUUCCAAGCGGUGAAUAAGAUCAACGAUGUCGAAGUCAGCUGGACGUUAGGAAAGAUGAUCUUGUAUGCUGCUUCACAAGUCCCCGGUCCGGACGACAAAGCACUGGCAGUCGGAUUUGGCAGCAAUCUCCCUGGACCCGACCUCCCCAAGGACUUCCAGUUCGCUGGUGGUAGUUCCAUUCCCUUGCCAACCGAUCUCAAAGACGACGACGUUGACUGGCACGACAAACUCUUCACCUCAAGCUCCUCUCGCAGAUUACCUGGUUUCCUACUAUUCCUAGUCAUUCUCCUGGUUGCCGCGUUCCUCCUCUGCGGCCGCGAAAGACGCAACUCCCUUCUUCGAAAAGCAGGCUUCUCACCAGGCAAAGGCAGCAAACGCAGACCCAACGCUGUUUCCACCAGCCUAGGCAAACUUUUCGGCACCAACAAUUCUGGCCCUGCAUACGAGCGCGUGCUAGAAGGCGGCAUUGGCCCUGAUCCCUCGGACUUUGAACUCGACGACAUGAAUGGCAACGACUCCGAUUCGGAUAAUAGCAAUGGCCGCACUUCUGGUUGGGCGACACCGAAGGCCAACAACAAUGGCUUUAGCAGUCCUGUGCUGCACUCUUCACCACGUUCUGCGCGAGUGAACCUGCAUAACCAAGGAUCGCAACCCUCGGCUGGAUACUUUGAUGGCCCAGCCACUCAUGCGUCGAGUACUCUAUCUCUUGCUACUACGCCGGGCUUACAACUACCUCACGGUGGUAGGGGAGGAUUGCUGGCCAGGACGGAAAGCAGAGAGCAACUGGCUACUGCAACGCUGAGGUCUGGAAGCAGGAGUCGGGCGGCUAGUCCUAGUCGGAUAAGAAGUCCACUCAUGACGCCUUUGCGGGAGGCUUGA